AGUGAGGCAGUCUCUCACUUCUCCACAGAGGAGAAUAAACAAUCCGCUCGCAGCGCGCGCUCCCCACCUGAGCUUGCGCGGAAACUGAACAUUCGAGUCGAUAUUCGGACUAAGGCUGUAAUUUUUACUCCUCUAGAGCCCCCCACCCCGUGCUGUUGGAGCUGCCCCCGCUGUCGGAGCUGCCGCGGCCGGCUCUCUCUCCGCCGUCAGCCGAACAGCGAUGCGCCUCUCCGGCGGAGCGCGCAGAUCCAGUUCAAGGGCGCCUGCAGGCGAGGCAGCUCGUCCUCUCACCAUGCCAACACGGCUGCUCAAGGUCAUGUGAGCCCGCCCCCUGACAUUAAAGAGGAACAGGAAGGGGGGGCCAACACCAUCAACGGCACACGUGUACAGUCGCAUGCCAAUUGAGAUGUCUGACUGGUGAGAUCUUCAAAGCCUGAAGACAGCACCACAGCCAAGCAGACAGACGGAAAGUAUCUACAACCUCAGGAUGUGUCAGCGCCUCCGUGAAAUCCCGCUGAUUCCCAGUUUUCUACUGACAUGAACCAGAAGCUCUGCCUUUUUUAAUCCUGCGAUGCUUUGGAGGCUCACCUGUCCCUCACUGCCUCUAGGCAUGGAUCCGGUUUCAUGAAGCUGCUGAUUGUGACCACCACCAAGGCAUUCAGCCACCACAUUCUUCCCCCCAUCUGGAUACACAUUUGGUGCAACUUCACAUCCUCUUUUUCCGAUUAAAGUAGUACAUUCAACUGCCAAUCUGAUGACUGAGAUGACAUUAAUUUCCCAGUAGCAUUGCUAAGCUAUACCAGGGGAUCUGAGUGUUGAACAUGACUCAUGGGGAGGAGCCUGGCCCUGAGACACACAAGGAUUCAGCUGUUCUAACUUAUCUGGAAGGUUUACUGAUGCAUCCAGUGGUGGCCGGGCCUGGGGCCACGGCAGGUGGGAGGUCUGAGGCUGCUCACAGCAAUCAGGAGCAGGGCGACAAGAGGGGUGGAACCUUCCAGCUACCUAGCCAUGGUCCCACUACGCCAAAGGCUGGCACCAAUGGGCCCACGCUAGGCUCUUCACAACAUCUGAAGAAAGCUCGUUUGCUGCGCUCUGGAGCUUGGAAUGAUCCAGGGAACCAAAGGAUUAAUUCGCCUCAAAUAGAGCUGAAUGGCCAAGUGGGGGGGCUACCAAAUGGAGCUCUAGAUGGAUCUCCUCAUGCUGGUGAAAGCACCCUGUUGGCUUCUCUGUUGCAGUCAUUUAGUUCACGGCUUCAGAGUGUUGCAAUGUCCCAGCAUGCUAAUAAGCCUGCUAGUGAGUGUCCCUCUUCACCCAAGCCACCACCAUCAGACAAAGAGCCACUACCUGUUUAUGGGACUGCAUCAAGCCGCUUGAAGGGUCUGAUGAGAAAGAAUAAACUUCAGAACCACAACAAUACCCCGUACAGUCGUCGGGGCCAUAAUCAGGAAAGGAACACAGAGUCCCCUCGGUCAACACACAGCGCCACACCUCCUGCCACUCCCACAGCUACUGAAUCGGUGUCCUGCGCAGACCGUUUGAAGGCAGUGGCAAACAUGGUGAAAAUCCGUUCCAGCCCAGUACCGUCCCCCAAGCCGAGUGUUGCCUGCAGUCAACUGGCCUUGUUGCUUUCCAGUGAAGCCCAUCUCCAGCAGUACUCUAGAGAACAUGCACUCAAAGCCCAACUCUCAGGGAGAUCUGCCAGUGAGAGACUAGCUGCCAUGGCAAACCAGCAGCAAGGUCAGGACAAGAGGCCUCCCAGCUUAGGAGGGUCUUCAGAGACUCUAAACUCCAAAACACAAAAUGGAGUAGUAAUAGCAACCACAACUACAACACUCCCACGAACAACAGUGUCUAGUCCACAGAGUCCCUCUCUGCUGCAUGGCCCCGGCCAAAGUUCCCCACCCAUUCCACCACCCGCUUCAGCCCACACUCACAGCCAGCUUCCAAGGGAGAAGCGAGGAUUUGACACACGCCCAACCCGCCCCCCACAAACAUGCAGCAGCUUGCUGUUACUGCUACUCAACAACCACAACAACCAAAACCAACUGACGAAGAAUGGGCACCUGGAUGACAUUGGUGGAGCUCUGCCUCCAAGUGGCUCCUCCUCAGUCACAUCAGACAGUGAGUGCUCCAUCCAGGAGAGAAGCAUUACAAAGGACAGCAGUGAUGCAGAGAGCUCCUAUUCCAGCUGUUCUCCCAUUGACCUCUCUGUGAGAGGCCGGUUCAGUGCACAAGACACGGGGCUUAAGGGUACACCUGCAACCUUCACCUCUACCUUUUCUUCUUCUACUGUGGUCAUAUCCUCUACCCCAGCUGUGUUUACUCCCCACUCUUCUGUUUCAUCCUUCACAUCUUCGACCACUUCUGCGUCUUCAGUUCUCAUUGCUGCCUCUUCAUCUUCCUCCUCUUCUGUUUCUACCUCAUCCCUGGACAAACUAACAGAGACUUUACUAAACAAGUGGAAGCCAGAGCCAUCAGGAUCACAUGUGUCAAAGAACAAGGAGCCUAAAAUGAGCCCAGACCUCAAAUCCCAACCUAAGGUCACACUCAUGCAGCUUCUUCUUGAGCGCAGAAAUAAUGAGAUUCUCAAUAAAAGCAUGAGUAAACAAGAUUUACCACUUGAUAUAACAAUGGGCACCUUGUAUCAAAGUCAACAAAAGUUGCCUUGGGAGGAAACCAGAGCAACAAGCCCUUCAGAGCGGCCAGUGGCUCCAGCCCAGUCCAUGUAUUCACUUAGUCGUGACCCAAAUGGUGCAUUGUCCCCUUACUCCUCCACUCAUGUCCAGUCUGGCCCACUUGAUUUGUGCAAAUCUAAAACAUUCACCACUGAGAGAGAACCUGCCUUCAGUGCCAGUAAGCUGUUACAGAACUUGGCACAGUCUGGAACAACUUCUUCUCCCCCACCCAUCUCCUCUGGAAAAAAGCUGACCCAGGAGCUUGAUGUCAACAGGCCUCUUGCCCUAUUAGAAAGGCUCAAUGCUCCGGUCAACAGAGCCACCCCCACCCAACACUCAGACGAGGCCUCAGGCAGUGGCACACCGUUCAGUCACAAGGAAGCUUCACCUCCAUCCCAAAUUGAGAACCUCCUAGAGAGGCGAACUGUGCUCCAGCUCCUUCUAGGCACAGGAUCAGCUUCUUCUUCCACUGGGCGUAAAGAUAGGCCUGGGGCGAGUGGCAGACGGAGUGUGGACGUGGCAGGGGCACGUUCUUCUUCAAUUGCAUGUGACACCUCUGAUGGGCCCAUCAUUGAUGUAAAAGUGAAAUCAGAACUGACAGAGGAGGUCGGACCAUACCCAGCCAAGUCUGAGGACUUGGCUGGCAAAACAAGAGUGAGUAGCAUUGAGAAGAACAGUCCCCUUUCCGAGUCUCAGCAGGACUUAAAAACUGAACCGCGGCCUGGAGAGGUCAUAGCAAAAUACGGUCUGCUCAGCCAGCUGCUUAAACAACAGACUUCUACCUAUUAUUCAAGUGCUGCUUUGCAGACUGAGCCUCAGUUAAGGCAGGUUAAGGAGGAGCAGAAAGAUUAUCCAAGUCCUAGUCCCAAGAGGAGACGAGUCUGGUCUGAGCAGACUGAUGGUUUGAAUAACAUCAGCUCUCCAAGAGCCGUGGACAGUGGGAACAUUUUUGCCUCCCCUGCUGUCCAGGUAGAGCCUGACCAGCAAAGGGGUUUAAAAGAAGAGGAGCCUCCACCAAGGAGUUCACCGAAUGAAACCUUUGCCAGAGAGAGUCGGGGCUUCAAUGUGCUCAAGCAGCUGCUGCUCUCUGACAAUUGUCUGAAAGAACUUUCUCAGCAGCCACAGGCAGCUUCCAGCCCUUCACUUCUGCAGACCAACGGCAAAGCUAAUGGGAACAUUUUUGGUCAGCCUGCCCAUAACCACAACUUCCUCCACCUGCCCAGCUGGAAUGCUCAUAGUUCCUUGAAUUCAGGGCUUCCAAGUAAUCUAAGACCACUGCCCACCCCUCCUGCCAGUGAAAGCCCCCUCCGCCCUCCAUGGAGUCGCCACUCCGCUCCAUGGCCUGCAGCUCAAAAGCGGGACGCCCCAACUCUAGUGAAACAGGAACCGGAGAGCCCUGUUCGGUGGAAUAGUCAGGAGAACGAAGAGCAGGAGGAGGACUGUUGUGACUCAAACCCAGACUCUCCACGGCUCUCGCGUUCCAACCCCAUCCUGUAUUACAUGCUACAAAGGGGCAGCAUUCAGCUGAGGAAGGAAGCAAGGGAUCAAGCAGAGGAAGCACCAUCUGUGGUCCGAGUCAAAGAAGAGCCGAUCAGUGACAUGCAUGCCUACGAACACAGUCUGAGCUCGGCUCCACAGUCUCCAGCCCACAAAGAAGAGAAGCACAGCCAUGAGAGCCCGGGGUUGAGUCAGUCCUCCCAGUAGGUGUUCUCUGCUGCAGAUGUUGAUUCUAGUUCAUUAACCCUUUUCUUUCCCCAUCAUUUUGAAUGAAUUUUGCCAAACUGGUUUGAUAAGAACAUGCGAGUGAUUUUCUUUUUGUUCUGAAAAUUGAAAGUUAUAAAAAGAAAAGCUGUUUGUGUUGCUUUUUUCAAGAUGGUGAGGUUUUUUGAAUGGUACAGUAGUGGUCUGUAUUAGCAAAGUGCUAAACCUAUGUAACCAAAAUUACAGUCUGAUUGUUUUCCCCCCACUAUUUUGGUCUUCAUUUGUUCCUUGAAGUAUCCCAUAAUCCUUUUUUUCCACUUUACCUGAACUGAGCUCAUAGCAAGCUAUUGUCAUUUUUUUUUGCCUCUCUUCAUUUGCAAAUAACAUUUCAAGCAAUGUUUAUCAUUGAUUCCAAAAAACCCGCUCAAUUUAGAGUUUAUUUAUUUUCUCUGUUGCAACUUAUUCAGAUGGUCCCGUAAAUUUCCAAAAGGAUUGUUAAUAAAGCUGUCGCCUGGAGGGCACAGGGGUCUCCUACAACAGUGAUGCGUUUGAAGGGGGAUUCUGGUGGUGAAAUGAGAGCUGUGGGAUCUUCAGAGAGGAGUCUGCUGGCUCUGUCAGGACGUGCUAUGAUCACAGCGGUAAAAGAGUAACUCACCGCAGGUGGGUCAGCGUGUUUUGGUUCCAUUAGAGUUGCACCCUUUGGGCCAACAUUCGACGGUGCAGAUUGGAGGCAGCGUGUUUGCAGACUGCGCCUCUCUGAGCAGAUGGGUCAUCAGAGUUUGUGCAGUUGAACAACUGCAUACAAACAGGUUUCUAGAGCAACAGCUAAAGGUUGCACUGGUUCACCAACUUAUCUUACCAUCCUGGAAAAACCCACACUACUUUUUUUCAUGCACACAUGUAAGAGUGUGAAGCACACAGGCCUCCCCUCUGGUGUUGACGGUGAAAGAGACUGCCUGAAGUUUGCACUUUUGAAGCUGAGUCCUCGCUGUCCUCUGACAGGGAUUUAUAGACAUGUAAUGAAACUGUGUCAGUAUUGUUAUCUGUUGAGAAUUUGACAGUUUGUGAUUUUUUUUUUCACAUUAUCUCUUAAUUGCUGUGGUUUAUGGGCAUCUUUUUUUCUUCCUGUGGCAAUAUCUUGUUCAUUAAAUGUCAAAAGAAUCGCAUGAUAAUAAAGAGAAGUCCACAUGUACUUCUUUGUUUUUAAAGCUGGACCCCCCCCCCCCCCCCCCCCCCCCCCCCAGCCCAGAGUACAGCUCUUCCUGACAGAUUACUGUCUGGAAGGAUUGUCUGUUUCUAGCUCUUCAGUUUACAUCGUACUGUAUUCCUCUCAGUUGAUUUCACUGCUUUCUCCAUUCAGUCUUGUGAUCUUUUUAAUACAUAUAGCUGUCUCUUCUAUGAUUAAUACAUUUUCACGAUGGUUAAAUAUAUUUGUGUAAAUAGUACUUUCAUUAUGAAAGAUGACUAUUUUGUAAUGUUUAAAAAAAAAGAUAUUACCCUAGUUUUUAAUGCCCUGAUGUGUAAAUAUGAAUUAUAUGCGUACAUGUGUACAUACAAAGGCAGAGGAUGAUGUGCCCAUGUUCUUUUGGUUGGUUUGUUCUUUGCAUGUGUCUCUGUGUGGUAAACGAUAAUCUAUCCUGCGCUGUGUUGUGUAAUAAUGUCCCACUCUCCUCACUGCUGCCUGUUGCAUGCAGACGCAUGGGAACUACCUGUGUAUCCCUACUGGUGACGGGGGAAAUGUCAAGUCUUAAAAUAGGUCCUUUUUCUUCAUCUCAGAGUGAGCGAGAGGUUUGCUUUGAAGAUGAGCGGUCCCCGGGUAACCACAGACUCUUGAGCAAGUUGAUGAAAAUUAAACGUGCAUUGAAUAUUUUGGUGAUUUUCCUUUCUGUUACUGGUUAACAAAGCUCUGGGAACGAGCAUGGGGCUGUAGUGAGGGACUGACGUACAAUCAUAGAUCUGCAUUGUGCAUCUCAGAAUUGCAUUUGUAGCAGCAAAUAUAUAAAUAUAAUAAAAAAAAUGUUUCUUUUUUUCAUGUGAAAAGCUGAAGCAUUAUUUUGUUUUUUAUGUUUUCUUUUUUUGGUGUUCAUUUGCACUGAUAUCGCAGAAAUAAAGUUCUAAAAUGCAUGA